UGAAGUCAUCUUUUCCCCGUUGAUAUUAACAACCACAAAUCAUAGAAAAUGACUUAAAUUAUUUUAAUUAAACUAUAUAUUUUGAUUGGACCAAACACACCCCAUAUUUGUUCAUUUUUCUAAUAUUAUCCUUUCCAUGCGUCUUUAAAUAGCAACUCUAUAUCUACAUUUAUAUGAUAGCAUCAGCUUGGUAUAAAUUUAGCAGCUAAGUUAGCUAAUAUGGAUUUUUCAAGAAUCACUCUGCGUCCAUAUAGAUCAACGGAUGUUGAUGAUCUCCUCUCAUGGGCAUCCGAUGAUCGCGUAAUCCGGUCCAUCCAUUUUACUAAGUUGACUUCCAAGGAAGAUGCAUUGACCUUCAUCGAUAAAUCUACCAUCCCAUGGCGUCGAUCCAUAUGCGUCGAUGAUCGUUCGAUAGGGAUCAUGGUGGCCCGACCUGGAUCGGGAGAUGACAGGUGUCGAGCAGAGAUUGGAUAUGCGCUAGCGGUCGAGUAUUGGGGACAGGGGAUUACACCAAAAGCAGUGAAAAUGGCCAUUCCUUUAAUAUUGGAGGAGUUUCCUGAAAUAGUAAGGCUACAAGCAUUAUCUGAUGCUGAGAAUAAAGCAUCACAUAGGGUGUUGGAAAAGGCUGGGUUUAUAAAAGAGGGCAUGUUUAGGAAGUAUUUUUACUUUAAAGGUGAAAUUAAAGAUGUUGUACUUUAUAGUUUUCUUUCCACUGAUCCUAUACCUUCAUGAAAUUUCAACAUCUGUGAUUUCGACAUCAUUAGUGUUUUCUAUGGUCUCUCGGAGACAACCUUUCUAUCCAGAUACAAAAAUAUUGCCUAUUAAUUUGGUCAGACUCUCUGUACGAUAUUAUAUUGAGUAUAUUAUUGUUAUUGGCGA